AACAACAACAACAAUAAUAACAACAACAACAACAGCUACACCAAACAAGAACAGGCUAAAAUGAAAGGACAUUCGAAACCAAAUGGUGCAGCUGCUAACCGCACUAACCAUCACCACAUCGUGGAAAACAAUGUCCGUGGCCAUGUCCACGUCCCUGUCAUUGCCCCUGCCACUGUUUAUGCCUCUUCAUCAGCUGAUGUUCCGGUCUCUGUGCAUGGACAUGGACAUGGACAUGGCAUACUGUUAUUUGUGCUGACAGCAUUGACACUAACGAGCUUAAUAACGCCCACAGAGCAGUCGCCAAAUGGAACGCGGCAAUUGGAGCUGACCAUGGACAACUACUACAAGCAUAUGAAUGGCAAUCUGUUGCCACCAGUAGUUGGCUUCAAUAGAACUCUGUUGAUGCGGCAGGGUACAUCACCGCCAUCGUCACCAGUAUUAGAGCUAGCACCACCCUAUAACCACAAUGGCAAUGGCAAUGCCAGUGGGAACAACCACUAUCCCGACUAUGACGAUGAUGAGGGCUUUGAGAAUUGUAAUCGCAGCAAUAAUUUCAUUCUCAAACUCAUAUCGAUGAUAUUGUAUGCUUUGGUCUGCAUUGUCGGCCUUUUUGGUAAUACUCUGGUCAUAUAUGUGGUGCUUAGAUUCUCUAAAAUGCAAACUGUUACCAAUAUCUAUAUACUCAAUUUGGCCAUUGCCGAUGAAUGCUUCCUGAUUGGUAUACCGUUUCUAUUGUAUACCAUGCAGGUGGAGAAUUGGUCAUUUGGUGAUUAUAUGUGCAAGGCAUAUAUGGUUAGCACAUCGAUCACCUCAUUCACAUCAUCCAUAUUUCUAUUGAUCAUGUCAGCCGAUCGUUACUUGGCCGUCUGUCAUCCCAUCUCAUCGCCCAGAUAUCGCACACCGUUCGUCUCGAAAUUGGUAUCGGCAUUUGCCUGGAUGACUUCGGUGCUGUUGAUGUUGCCAGUGAUACUAUUUGCCAGCACAGUGUCACGUAAUGGUCAUAUAUCGUGCAACAUUGAAUGGCCGGAUACGCAGAGUACAAGUUCGGAUUCAACAUUUACAUUGUACUCGCUGAUAUUGGGCUUUGCCACACCGCUGACAUUCAUAUUGGUGUUCUACUGUCUGGUCAUCCGCAAACUGCACACUGUGGGACCCAAGCACAAGAGCAAGGAGAAGAAGCGUUCACAUCGCAAAGUCACCAAAUUGGUACUCACUGUCAUCACGGUGUACAUAAUGUGCUGGCUGCCCCACUGGAUCUCUCAGGUGGCUUUGAUUAGCUCCACGCCCAAGCAAUGUGGCGCUUCGCGGCUCGAGCUGGCUGUCUUCUUGGCCUGUGGGUGUCUCAGUUACUCCAAUUCGGCCAUGAAUCCCAUAUUGUAUGCCUUUUUGAGUGACAAUUUCAAAAAGAGCUUCAUGAAGGCAUGCACCUGUGCGGCACGCAAAGACGUCAAUGCCCAAUUGCAGUUGGAGAACAGUUUCUUUCCCAAGUUCGGAAAGGGCCGGCAGUCGGAACGUCUAAUUGGUGGGGGAGGUGCUGGUGGCUCCUCUGGACAAGGCGUGGCCAAGAAGAGAACUCUCGUUGCUUCACGUCAUAAAAAUAAUGCUCCAAUGGCCACAACAACAACGACAACAACAACAACAGCGGGCACAGAUGCCAUCACCUGUGUACAUCAGCCAGCAGCAAUUCAUCAGGAGGAUCCAACUGCAGCAAAUGCAACUCCAGGUACGUCGGCCGCUCUACUUGUGGUCAAUGCCGAGACCAAUAACUGUAAGCCGCCAGUAUUGCAUACGGACUUAUAAGAUCGGGAUACCCAUAGGGAUAUGCCACUGGAGACCGUUGUAUUGAUUACUAGAAGAUGAGUGAAGGUGCAGCUCGAGCUUAAUGCAGAGCUGCUUACGGCACCAGAGUGUUUGCUCUAGACGAACACACAUACACACACACACACACACACACACACACACACAUCUUGCAUAUUGAUAUUCACAAUCAGUGGAUGCAAAGCGGUUCAUAGGAAAACUAAAAACCUAAAAAAAAACUGAUCUGAAAGGCACAGAACCUGAACUGAAACCAGAAACUCAUAUUAGGUGUUUUGUUAUGAGCUCUCUAAAAAUUCAAACAAGUUCCACAGAAAUUUCCUAGAAUUUUGAACCGAAUUGUAUCUCUCUGAUUUUAAAUAUAAGUUUGUUUCUAUGUCGUCCUAAACGACUUUGCUUACAUACAUACAUUGUUUGUUGGUGUUUCCAAUUUAUAUACUCCUCCCUUUGGUUCCCAAAACCUUUCCCAUUAGAAUUAGAUUUCUAAAUGGUAAACUAAAAAACAAAAAACAAACACAAACGAAGAAAAAAAAGGAUAACAAUUAAGUAAGCAUAUGCUUGGUUGUACAGACAGAAACAUUGAUUUGGAGAUCAAUGGAUAGAUUGAAUGAUUGUAAGUUAAAGCCAAAGAUAUAAUCUUAGAACUCAAGGAAAGACUUUUCAGAGAAGGCAGCGAUGAUUUUUUUUUUAAUGGAAUCUACAUCUAGAAUUCAGAAGAGAAGAGACGCCAAAAAAGUGAGCAAAGUAUACACAAUUUCCAAAAAUAAAAAAAAAAAACA